AAAGGAGACUUGGAAAGAAAUUAGCUUGCUGAUACUGAACAUCCAGUCUCUUUGGCCAAAACAAUCUAGAAAAGAGGACAACGGGGUGUCAGAUAACUAUAUGAGGAUUGCUAAAAACAAAAAGUGGACUACUUAGACCUUCAUGAAGCCUUAUAACUGAUUCAAGGGGGAUGAAGACACUAUAUUCAAAUGUAAGAAUCAGCGUUAGAAAAUACUUUAGAGAUAUAAGAUGAGAUGUGAUUGGAAGAAAUGCUAGUGACCUGCAAGUCUCCUAACAUAUGAAACUAUGAACUUUGCUCUUGCAUAUAACAUGUUUAUGCAAGCAGUUCCCAGGACACUCACAGAUCAUCUGUGCCAACAUUCUCAUUUUAUUUUUUAUUUUUAAAGUUAGUUUAGUGAGGAAGAUUGUCCCUAACAUCUAUGCCCAUCUUCCUCUAUUUUGUAUGUGGGAUGCUGCCACAGCAUGGCUUGAUGAGCAGUGUGUAGAUCCACACCCGGGAUCCAAACCUAUGAACCUGGGGCCGCUGCUGAAGUGAGGCAUGCGAACUUAACCACUGUGCCACCAGGCCAGCCCCCCAUUCUCAUUUUACACAAAGGUAGAGAACAAUGUUUACCCUAAAAUUCAUCUUGGCAAAAACUUUCAGUUCUUUGGGGUGAGGGCCAUGAAAGAGUCCUGAGGGGACUACCCCUGUGUCACAUGGAAACAGUCACUGCCUACAAAUCUUUGGUUGCAGCUUUACUUCCGAUGUUGCAAAUUAUUUGGGAUCCAAAUUCUGAAGGAAAAGUUAGCUACAGAGUGAAUGUUGAGGCUAUACCUUAUGUAGCACUCGAUAGGAAGAGCACAGCCUGUGUGAUGCUUUGGUGUUCCCAGGAUAUACAACCAGGAGACUUUGCACUGCGUUUCUCGGAAGGAGUUACUUAUUUGGGGCGACUUAACCCUGGUCUGGAAACAAAGAAGAGAUGUUUACAAGAGGUAGUUUGCAGCGUAGACUAAAGUCAAGAAAUUUUGAAUGUGAUAGAAUAGAAAAACCAAACCAACAGCCCCCUACCCCCGCCCCAUACACACUCACACAAUCUGCUUGACAAUUCCAGGUUUGUAGGUCCCUGGCGGUUACCUAUUUCUGUUGCCUUUGCUGCCCCUGAGCUGCCGAAUAUUAGAUUCCAGAGGUUGCAUGAGCAGUCUAGUGUUUGCACAGGCAUUUCUCAAAGCCACUGCCUGGCAGGUAUUUGAAGAGCAGCCAGGCAGGUCACACUAGGAAGAAGCAGCUGAGAGGGUCUGUGGGGCAAUGUGUAGAAAAAGACCUUGUGCGGUGCAGGCACAAAGGACACAAUGUUCGAGCAGAACUGUGUGGAAUAAAUGGAAUCCAGGAGGCCUGGCUGCUUUUCUUCCCAGUCAACUGCCACCCAGAGCAGGCAGCGCCAGGAAUUCAUUGUUACGCUUCCUGCCCUCGGUGACCUCCGCUCGGUGGUUGAGCUGCUCCCGGAUGUUUGAAGCAUCUUUAUUUUGGCUGUUGGUCGGAGAAGCAAGAACAGGGCACCAUGACUUACCCGACCCCACCCUGCGUCCUGACCGGAUAGAGGCCCCGAGAUCCGGCCGUCGGAGCGCGAGGAGCGCCGCCCCGCGGCAGGUCACCCGCGCACCCCGCCCGGGAGGACGGCGACCUCUCCGCCCCCUCGAAUGCCCCGCCCCCGUGUCCCCAUCGGUCCCCACCCCACCACCGGCACACACACGCACAGACUCUGGCUGGAGCCGCCCUUGGUGUCAGUGGCCCGGCUCCCGCGUCCGCGCCGGCUGUCGUGCAUCCUCAGCACCUGUCAGUCGGUGUGUCCGGUAGCCGGUGCCCCUGACUCCGUCGGGGCCAGGGAAGGCCAUGGUUUCCCUGCCCGGGCCCCCUGCGACCAACUUGCUGCGGUUUUUGUUCCUGGGGCUGAGUACCCUCGCAUCCUCCUCGCGGGCCCAGCUGGACCUGCACGUGCCCGCCAGCCUCACCCGGUUGCAGGCGGUAGAGAGCCGGGAAGUGGUGCUCCCGGCGUGGUACACCCUGCGAGAGGAGGGGUCUUCCGCCCAGCCCACCCUGCAAGAGGAGGGGUCUUCCGCCCACCCGUGGGAGAUGCCCACCGUGAUGUGGUACUUGGUACACAACGGGAAGGAGUCGGAACAGGUGUUGGCGUACAUCAGUGGGACCCUGUCAAGCAAACCUGGAGCAUCCCUGGUCUACCCCAUGCCCUCCCGGAAUGUGUCCCUGCGGCUGCAGGGCCUCCAGGAGAAAGAUUCUGGGUCCUACCUCUGUUCUGUGAACGUGCAUGACAGUCAAGGCAAAAAUAGGGGCCAUGGCAGCAAAAGUUUAGAACUCGAUGUGCUGGUUCCUCCAGAUACUCCAUCCUGCCGUCUCCUGGGCGUGCCCCGUGUGGGGACCAACGUGACCCUGAGCUGCCGGUCCCCAAGGAGUAAGCCCGCUGCCCAAUACCAGUGGGAGCGGCCACCUCCAUCCCCUCAGGUUUUCUUUGCACCAGUUUUAGAUGCCAACCGUGGGUCUUUAAACCUCACAAACCUUUCUACUUCCAUGUCCGGAGUAUACAUCUGCAGGGCCCAAAAUAAGGUGGGCAUUGCCCAGUGCAAUGUGACCCUGGAAGUGAGCACAGGGCCUGGGGCUGCGGUGGUGGCUGGAGCUGUUGUGGGAACCCUGGUUGGAUUGGGGCUGCUGGCUGGGCUGGUCCUCUUGUACCAACGCCGGGGCAAGGCCCUAGAGGAGGCAGCCAAUGAUAUCAAGGAGGAUGCCAUUGCUCCUCGGACCCUGCCCUGGCCCAAGGGCUCAGACACAAUCUCCAAGAAUGGGACCCUUUCCUCUGUCACCUCAGCACGAGCCCUCCGGCCACCCCAAGGCCCUCCCAGGCCUGGUGCACUGACCCCCACACCCAGCCUCGCCAGUCAGGUCCUGCCCUCACCAAGGCUGCCCAGGACAGAUGGGGCCCACCCCCAGCCAACAUCCCCCAGCCCUGGGGGGGUCUCUUCCUCUACUCUGAGCCGAAUAGGUGCUGUCCCCGUGAUGGUGCCUGCCCAGAGUCAGGCUGGGUCUCUGGUGUGAUGGCCUAGCCACCCAUUAGCUAAGCCAUCUGGUUUCUCUCCUUCUUAUAGGGGUCACCCCUAGCACAGAGGCCUGAGGCUUGGGAGGGUGGCCAUCUUCCAGACCUCCAGUCCUCUGUCCCCACCUUUCUUUACUAUGGGAAAACUGAGUUUCAGUUAAGACCCAAACUUCCAAGAGGUAGAAGGAGAAGAAGAAGUGGACCUGGGAUUAGGUAGAGCCUUCACCCCCUCCCCUAGUCCUCUCUAUGACUGCAGUGGAAUGCUGCUGAGAUUGGCAGUCCACCCCACCCCCCAGGGCCCUCGUGGAGACUGCCAGUCAAUGAGUCCUCCAGGCCCCCUUGAUCUGUACUCCACCCCUAUCUAACAUCAUCCUUCACUCCCACUUCAGCUCCCUGCAUUAAUAUAACCUGUCCUGGUUAUAUUUAGCUUGGUUGGGUUUUUUGGGGGAGCAGGGGAUAGGGAAGAUAUUUUUUAAACUAACUCCAAACGUGUGUUUUUGUUUUUAUCUUGCUGAUUUCAAUAAAGAUACAUUGUGUUUGUAUGGAAA